AUGCGACAGCUCUACCAAGCAUGUGUCACGCCUAUCGCAGACUAUGCAUCAACGGACUGGCAUGAUCCGCUCCGAGACAAGACUCACCUGCCACACUUGAACACAGUUCAAAGAACCGUGUUGAUUCGGAUUCUGUCGGCAUUUCGAACGGUGGCGACAACAACACUAGAAGUGGAAUCUCACGUACUUCCCACGCAUCUCCGGCUUCGCCUCUGUGCGCAGCGCACCAUAGCGAGGCUCCAUACUCUACCCCAUACCCAUCUAAUUUGGAGCGCAUUAUCGCACGCCCAAAACAGGAGGAACAAUAUUGGAUCUCACGCGCGCUUUCCACUGGCGGAAGCGUUAAAGACCAUGGACGUUGACAGGCUCAAAGAACUAGAAACAAUUGACCUAUACCCUUUACCGCCGUGGCGAACGAACGUGUUCUCGGAGAUCGAGCUGGAACGUGACCGCGAAGUGCCGCGGGAAAAUACCAAUCUGGAUUGGAUCUCAAAGCAAGCAGAUGGUGGAGUGGCGGAGGAUGUGCGAUGGACAUGA